UGGUGUGCGUGAAAGUUAAGUGUAGUAUGGGAUUUUUGUGCAUUGGUUGAAAAGAACAGGUUCCUCAAAAUAUCUGGGUAUGUUGUUUCCUAUACUAAACUUAUUCUAGUUUCACUCAUUUAACUGUGUUUUAUGUUUCCUAUCCUUUGCUUUCUCGCCAAGCUAUCACAAUUUUCUCCUACAUUCCUUUCUCAUCAGAGAGACUCGUUACUCUUGAAGGCUCGCUGCUGCAGGUCGAAGGCUCGCUUCCGCCGUGGAAAGCUCACCGCCGUCGAAGACUCGCCGCGCCAGUGUGUAGGAAGAUGGAGAGAAUGGAUGAUCUUCGCAACGCUUUACUAGAAUUCCUCAUUCGGAGCCCAUUUCGGGACACUGAGGAAAAAGAGAGCAUGGUGAAACAUAUGCUCCAAGUCUACUCCAAGUCUGAUAAUGAUUCCGGUUUCAAGAAGACGUUUCUCCUGAAGAUCAUUCAAAAUGACCUCCUCUCUUCUCACUCCAUCAGCAUUUCCGACCAUCAUCUCAAAAUCUUCGACUAUCUUGAGGAACUCUUUCUCCGCGAUGCCGUUCCUGUCCCUGCCACCAUCAGUGCUGCCUACUGCGCCGUGGCGGUGGAAUGCACAAUAAAAUAUCUACAUCUCAAUCUUCCUCACAAUCUUCUCUACCUCCGCGCCGUGAAGAGGAUAUGGCGACUUAGGAUUUCGCAUAUGAGAGAAGGGAGCCUUCUAUUCUCGGAGGAGUUGGAGCGGUGGAGAAGCGACCUUGAAACCUCACUUUUGGAUUCAAAAGUGAGGGAGCGAUUGGCUUCGACAGACACUAGAGGGAAUGCCAUUAUGAAACUCCGGGCGUUUUUUAAUCAAGCCUCUACCGUUUUUGGCUGUCCUUUUGCUCCGUUAACAGCUAUCGAGAAUGAGGCCCAAGGAAAUGAAGGAGGUCAUACGGAGCACACGGAUAACACCCAACGAAACGAAGAAGGAGUUGAAAACAUUGGGGAUUGCAUUUCUGGGGAGUUGCAAGAAGAUAAUGAGAAGACGUUUUUAUCUUGGUCAACGGAUAUAAAUGAUGAUGAAGUGGAUCAAGUGGAAAAAGAUCAAGUGAAAGAUGAAGCAGGGCGGGUUAGAACAUCAAGAUUUCAUUUGGCCAGUCCCAAUAAGAAAAAACAUUCUCCAUUAAAAAUCUACAGACCAGUAGCCAUUGCAAAGAGAAGAACAACAAAAAGGUGGAGUCGGUUAGAAGAGGAGACACUUAAGAAUGGCGUAGAGACGUUUGGCAGGGGAAAGUGGAAGGUAAUCCUAAAUGCACACAAGGAUAUAUUUGGGGAGAGAACCGAGGAUGAUUUGAAAGAUAAGUGGAGAAGCAUGAUCCUCUAUGGCUGCAAAUAAAUAGGACAUCUGUUGAUGAAAGUUCGGAUGAGUUUGGCACAGUUCAGAUUCCAUCACCUUGGAAGCCUGUUUUGGAGGAGUCUUCAACACUACAAAUAUUUUUUAUUACUAUGGCAUUACAGAGCCCCCUCUUUCAAAGAUUUGUUUCAAUGCUCAUAUAUUUCACAUUUAGAUCUUGAAGUUUGCCACAAACUAAAAUUUGAAACUUCUUUACUCUUUUAGAAAUUGUGUAUUACUUGCACUGGUUA